GGCCUGGCCGGGGCCGGGCUCGGGGGGCCACAAAUCGUAACCUGUCCCGCCCCUGCCAUGGCAGGGACACCUUCCCCUGUCCCAGGUGCUCCCAGCCCUGUCCAGCCUGGCUUUGGGCACUGCCAGGGAUCCAGGGACAGCCCCAGCUGGAACCUGUGCCAGGGCCUGCCCACCCUGCCAGGGAACAAUUCCUGCCCAAAAUCCACCCAGCCCUGCCCUCCAGCAGGGACAUUCCCCUUCUCCUGGCACUCCAGACCCUUGUUCAAAGUCCCUCUCCAGCUCUCCUCUAGGCUUCCUUAGGAUACUUGUGGGACAGUGUGUGUUUCCAGGAAAGGUUUGGUGCUUCAGCCAGCUGCUGGCUUCUGGAAGUGAGUCCUGGUUGCUCUGUUCGAUGGAGAGCUGAACUCACUGUCUGUAAAUGAAGAUCUGAAAGAAUUUUGUGUUGACUUCUUUGCCUGGUAGAUUUCAGAGCAAGUGUUAGAAGAUUGAAGGGCACUAUGGAGGCUACGAGUAUGCCCAGCAGGGUGGCUUUGUGCCCCCUGACAUGGUGCAGCAGCCCUACACGGGGCAGAUCUACCAGCCCACACAGAGCUACUCUGCAGCCUCAGCACAGUCUUUCUAUGGAAGCAGCUUUGAGGAUGAGCCUCCGCUGUUAGAAGAAUUGGGGAUCAAUUUUGACCACAUCUGGCAGAAAACACUAACGGUGCUGCACCCCCUGAAGGUGGCUGAUGGCAACAUCAUGAACGAGACGGACCUGGCCGGGCCCAUGGUCUUCUGCCUGGCCUUUGGGGCCACACUGCUGCUGGCUGGCAAGAUCCAGUUUGGGUACGUGUACGGGAUCAGCGCCAUCGGCUGCCUGGGCAUGUUCUGCCUGCUGAACCUGAUGAGUGUCACCGGGGUGUCCUUUGGCUGCGUGGCCAGCGUGCUGGGCUACUGCCUGCUGCCCAUGAUCCUGCUCUCCUCCUUCGCCAUCGUCUUCUCCCUGCAGGGGAUGAUGGGGAUUAUUCUGACAGCUGGAAUUAUUGGCUGGUGCAGCUUUUCCGCUUCCAAGAUCUUUAUCUCUGCCUUAGCCAUGGAGGGCCAGCAGCUGCUCGUGGCCUAUCCCUGCGCGUUGCUGUACGGAGUCUUCGCCCUCAUCUCCAUCUUCUGAGCAGACUGGGGGACUCCAGGGGGCCAAAAGGAAAAUCCCAGCUUGGAACAAGGACUUGGACCAGAAACAGCUGCAAACAACUGUCUCGUGUUGCUAUCAGGAAACUUAGACCUGUUUGAAUCACCUGGAACAACGGAAAAUGUCUCGUGUUCACUUUUUUAGGACUUUGAAUACUGUUUUCGAUGACCUGGGGAGUCCAGAGCUUUAAUAUGUGUUCAUGCUUAUCAAGUUCCUGUGAUUUCUUUCCCCUUCCUAGACCUUUAGAAAAAGUAACUUUCAGUUGUUUAUUUGAGGGUUGUGAUUUUUGUUCAUUUCUGUUCCGUUUUGUAGGGGAGGGUGAAGGGUUGCAGUUAGAAAUCGGUAGAUUUUUAUCCAGAAGAGUUCAAGGAGCUGCCGUGGAUUUGGGGGACUCUGGAAAAAUCUGCAGGAAAGAGGAACCUGUUUUCCUGACCCCUCUCACCAAAAAUGCACAAAUGAACAAAAGAAAUUAGAAAUAUUUCCUGUACUUUAACCAAUAUCCUCCUAAGCUCUCCGGUCUCUAUUAUUUGUUCAUUUGCUGUGAGAGUAUUUCAGGAUUUAAGAUACUUAAAUUAUGAAGUAGAAAACAGAUGCUUAAAAGUGAAAGGGAUCUGUAAUUCUGUCACACUUGAAACAUGACCACAUUGGGGUGUCUGUAGCUUUAUGUUAAGUGGGGUUUCUGAAGGACGUCAGCAGAGGAUCCUUCCCUCGUGGUGCACAUUCUGCUGGAUGAAGAGGAAUCUCUCUUGCAGUACUUCCAAGGAAAACACCAUUUGGAAAACGUUAUGCUUGUCAGUAUUGUAGUUAUUGUAAAAUAAUUUAAGGCAUAUUGAUUAAAUUUUCCUUAAAUUUUGAAAAAGG